AUGUCGUUUCGUCUACCAACAAGAAUAGCGUGUCAAGCAGUCCCCAGACUCGCAAGUAUACCACGGGUGGCUUCCCGAGCACCACGAUGGGCGCGUAGCUACGCAGUCACUUCAGACCAGAAUAGAACAGCCAUCGCAACGGGCUCUGCUCGCGGAAUCGGCAAGGCCAUUGCUCUUCGACUAGCCAAUGACGGAUACGAUGUCUGCAUCAACGAUAUUGAAGCCAACAAAUCUGGCGCCGAUGAAGUCGUCAAAGAGAUACAAGGCUUAGGGCGCAAGUCUUUUGCAUAUACUGCUGACGUAUCGAAUUUGAGUGAGGUCCAAGGCCUGGUGAAAGCAUCGGUUUCGGAACUAGGACCUUUAAACACCAUGGUAGCGAAUGCCGGUAUCGCACAGGUCAAAGCACUCCUCGAUCUUACCGAGCAAGAUCUCAAGCGCAUGUUCGAAGUCAAUGUAUACGGCGUCUACAACUGCUACUCCACAGCCGCCAAGCAAAUGAUCUCACAGGGCAACGGCGGCAAGAUUCUAGGCGCAGCGUCAAUAGUAGCAUUCAAGCCCUUCGCGCUUCUGUCUCACUACAGCGCCUCCAAAUGGGCCGUCCGUGGUCUUACCCAAGCCUUUGCCAUGGAAAUGGCUGAACACAAGAUCACCGUGAAUGCCUAUGCGCCUGGUAUCGUCGGUACAGCCAUGUGGGAUCUCAUUGACGAGAAGCUCGGUGAAAAGACAGGCGCGAAGAAGGGCGACACGAUCAAGAAGUACACCAACGAGCUGAUUGCGUUGGGCCGGACUAGUGUACCAGAGGACGUGAGCAGUACGGUGAGCUUCCUAUGCAGUAAGGACAGCGACUACAUGACGGGCCAGACUAUUGUCAUUGACGGUGGUAUCAUCUUCACUUAA